UCCCUGUCAUGAUUCAUGCCCAACCCCCUGUCAUGAUUCAUGCCCAACCUCCUGCCCAAGCCAACCUGGACGAGCCUGGAGCUGCAGUGAACGAUGCCGUCCUUGAUAUGGUUCACCUGGGUGGAGGAGUCUUGGUCCCUCAAGACAAGCUUAAAAAAUUAUUUGAGGCCGAAAAAAUGACUGAUUCAAGGUUUUGUAGGGAUGCCCUUCGGGUGAUGUAUCGGAAGGGAGAACUAGUGAAUCGGAGUGUGACCGGCUCGAGAAGUCGAAGGUUCCUCACCGAGGACAGGGAAACCACCCGAGCCAUCACACCAAAGAAGAUGUGUGCUGUGAAAAAUGCCUAUGUCCUCUACCUGAAGGCAAAAAACAAGGAUGUGAGAGAGACAGAAAUAGAAGCACGUCUUCCCAAUGUCAAUAGAUUUAUUGCCAGUAUGCUACAGGACAACAACAGCAGAGCUAAGAAGGCCCUGUAG